AAGGACAAGGGCAGCAGAUCGACGGAGCGGCUGCUAGGCAGAGCACUCUCGAGCCGGCCUCCCUCAGUGUUAGUGCGAGAGAACGAAUGUGCUAUGCAAUCGGGACUUGCUGCGAGUAACUCGGAAGGCGACUUCAGGGUGCCACAGGCUCCUCCGGUCGUCACGUCGACCACCUGCCCCCCGCCCCCGCCGAUGCUGCCUCCGCCGCCGCCUCCGCCUCCCAAGUUCAGGACACAGCACGAAGAACCUUCGAGCUCCAUGCCCGACCUAGAAUUCGACGGUACCACCGUCCUCUGCAGAGUGUGCGGUGACAAAGCGUCGGGCUUCCACUAUGGGGUCCACUCCUGCGAAGGAUGCAAAGGCUUCUUCAGGAGGAGCAUCCAGCAGAAGAUCCAGUACAGGCCGUGCACCAAAAAUCAACAGUGCGCCAUACUCAGGAUCAACAGGAACCGCUGCCAAUACUGCAGACUUAAAAAGUGCAUCGCCGUUGGAAUGUCUCGUGACGCGGUGAGAUUCGGGCGAGUGCCAAAGAGAGAAAAGGCCAGGAUUUUGGCCGCUAUGCAGCAAAGUACAAACUCAAAGUGCCACGAGAAGGCUUUGGCCGCAGAACUUGAGGACGACCAGAGGCUCCUCAGGACAGUGAUCAGGGCCCAUUUGGAUACUUGUGACUUCACGAGGGACAAAGUUGAACCUAUGAUACUCAGAGCGAGGGAACAGCCAUCGUUCACCGCAUCACCUCCGACCUUGGCGUGUCCUCUUAAUCCUAACCCGCAGCCUCUUACGGGCCAGCAGGAACUCCUCCAGGACUUCUCAAAGAGGUUCUCACCGGCUAUCCGCGGAGUCGUCGAGUUCGCCAAAAGGAUUCCCGGAUUUGGGAUCCUGUCUCAGGACGACCAGGUGACCUUGUUAAAAGCCGGCGUCUUUGAGGUCCUCCUCGUCCGCCUCGCCUGUAUGUUCGAUACACAAAACAACAGUAUGAUCUGCCUUAACGGCCAGGUCCUCAAGCGUGAGUCCAUCCAUAGCGGAUCCAACGCACGCUUCCUCAUGGAUUCCAUGUUCGACUUCGCCGAAAGGCUCAACUCCCUUAGACUCACCGAUGCCGAAAUCGGACUCUUCAGCUCCAUUGUCGUCAUAGCACCUGAUAGGCCCGGUUUGAGAAAUACAGAAUUGAUUGAGAGAAUGCAAAAUAAAUUGAAGGCUGGGCUCCAACUAAUGAUGAGUCAGAAUCAUCCUAAUCAGCCCUGUUUAGCUCAAGAACUGAUGAAAAAGAUCCCCGACCUGAGGACGCUCAACACGCUACACAGUGAAAAAUUGCUCGCGUUCAAGAUGACCGAACAACAGCACCUGGCGGAGCAACAGCAGAUGUGGGGCACCGUAGUGAGCGAAGACGAGAGCAAAAGUCCGAGUGGUAGCACUUGGUCGUCCAGCUCCGACGUCGCGAUGGAAGAAGUAAAGAGCCCCCUCGGAUCGGUCUCUAGCACAGAGUCCAUGUGUUCCGGUGAAGUGGAGUACCACAGCAGCCACGCCGCGUCCGCACCGCUCCUCGCCGCAACUCUCGCCGGAGGAUGUCCAAUGAGGCAUCGCGUCGGGGUGGAAGACAACAAGGAUAUCAAGCCCAUCAUCAUCCACAGGACCUUCAGGAAGUUGGACUCCCCCAGCGAUUCCGGGAUAGAAUCCGGCACGGAGAAAGUGGACAAACUGACGAGCAGCGCGCCCACAUCUCUCUGCUCCAGCCCGAGAUCGUCGGUCGAGGACAAGGAAGACCACCAAAUCGAAGAUAUGCCAGUGUUGAAAAGGGUACUCCAAGCGCCUCCUCUCUAUGACACCAAUUCCCUGAUGGAUGAAGCGUACAAACCGCACAAAAAAUUCAGGGCGUUGAGAAAAGAGUGCGGAGACGAGCCCGAUAACACCACCUCGACGUCUUCCCUCUCGAGUACGCAUUCCACCUUGGCCAAAUCCUUGAUGGAGGGCCCGAGGAUGACUGCGGAGCAGAUGAAGAGAACGGACAUCAUCCACAACUAUAUCAUGCGAGGAGAGGGCUGCGGAUGGCAGCAGCAGCAGAGCGUCAUCACGACGAGCAGCGCCGCCCGCGGUGGAGCCUACGUCAUCGUCAACAACUCCAGCCCGGGACCGUCCAUCUAUGUGCCCGCGGGUUCGCCUUGCCCCAGCUCGACCUCCCUCGUCGAACUGCAGGUUGGGACGCAGCCGCUGAACCUCUCGAAGAAGACGCCGCCCCCGUCGCCGAGGCCCAAGGUCCUCUCGCUCGAGGCUUGAGACCACCCACCAUCCCACGUUUUCUUCACUUGUGAAUAGUACAAAGUCGUCUCGGCGGCAAUGUGGUACAAAUCAAAACCGCUCUUGUGAUCUCUCCCUCCGUGUAAAUAUCUCUCUAUCUCUCUUUUGUAAAUAGGACUCUCCAUUGUUUCGGAGUGAAUUUUUUGUAUAAUUAUCGUUCUGAACGAACUAUUCUAAUGGUGCCACUUUUGAACCGUAUUAAGGAGAAAAACCAAAUAAUUUAUUAUUGGAUAAUCAAUUUUUCAUUCAUUAUCGAUUGAGUUUUAUUAUUAUGAUGAUUCAUUAUUGUUUUUUUAAGAUGAUUACAUGUGUAUUAGAAGCGAGGAGGAGAAAAAGUUAAUCAGUUUUUUUUCUUUUCCGAUCUUGUUAUAUAAGUGUUUUUAAAACGAUGAUGUUGUAGUAUGUUAGUCGUUGUUGUGUAUUCUUGGUAUUCUUUAAAGAAAUUUUAAUUUCAUUUUGGGGCGAGUGUAUUGGCCUAUAGCAGACCUCAACUACGGACAUCGGCCAUAAUCACUACCCUUCAAAACAUUUUUUUGUUUCAAAUUUUGAAAACGUAUAUAGAUUUAUAUAUUUAUAAAUGUGAUAUAUUUCGAUAUAGUGGGGCUUGCAUUUUAUUUGUGUGUGUAUAUUUAGUCUCAUAUAUCAUUAAUUAAAAAAAAACUAAAGUUAAAAACGAAAAAAAAAAGUUAUACAAGUUAACACUUAUAAUAAUCGGUCCCUCGUGUACAUAUAAUGUCGAGGUUUUUGAGACUGAUGGAAGGCACGCCAGCAUCUGAGUCGAGAGCCUAAAAUAAGGCCAGUAUAUAUCUAAGCCCACCCACUUUUAAAAAAAAUCUAUUUAAACAACCAAAAAAAAGGCAAAAAAAAAAUAAAUGUAAUAUAUAUAUUUACUAGUUGUUAAAACUUAGAAAAUGACUCCAAAGUUUAUUAUUUUUGUUAAUAUUAAAAAUAUUUGUACAUAAUAAACAUAAUAUAUAUUUCGCUGUGUACAUAUUUUAGCAGAUGGGCGUGGCUUCCGAUGCAUAUUAUAUUAUAUCUAAUUGUCGUCCUAUGUUUUAUCUAGACUUUGGGUAUGUCUGUUCCUCAAAAGGCCGAGGUACGAGGUCUGUUCAGCCGGCAGACUUACAAUUUUGUUUUUUAAUUUUACAAAAAAAAGAAAAAAAAAAAGAACCAGCAAUCAAGACAAAUCAAGGCUUUUUGCCUAAAUUCCCAAUUAUGUAUAUUUAGGCUGGAGUUGAAUUUUUUUUUUUUUUAAUGAAAGUUAUUAAUCGUUUAGGAGAAUAUUUAUAUUUUUUCUCUGUUUAUGAUUAAAAUAAUUGAUAAGCCCAGUGAUAAGUUUUUUUGAAUGUUUAAAUAAUGCGUUUAUUGUUAUCAACCCACAUGGUGUGUGCUUGUAUGUAUUGUUUUGUAAAAGCUUGGACGUUUUUUGAGGCAGUCAGAUUAAACAAUGUCUGGUGAAAAAUUAAA